UGGAAAGAGAGAAGUUGAAAUGCACAGUAUCGAAACCGUAAAUGUGAGAAACGCCUGAAUUUCGAGGUUGUCUGGGAUUAUUAUAAACAGUUUCAGGCCAGGGUAGGAUCUCCUUCAUCCAUCUCUUUGCUUGUUGCUAUGGCAAUUCUAUUUGCUGUGGUAGCUCGAGGCACCACCAUCCUUGCCAAGCAUGCAUGGUGUGGUGGAAACUUCCUUGAGGUGACUGAGCAGAUCCUGGCCAAAAUACCUUCUGAAAACAACAAACUUACCUAUUCACAUGGCAGCUAUCUCUUCCAUUACAUCUGUCACGACAGAAUCAUCUACCUGGGCAUCACUGAUGAUGACUUCGAACGAUCACGAGCCUUUAGCUUCCUCACAGAGGUGAAGAAGCGCUUUCAGACCACCUAUGGCUCUCGGGCACAGACGGCCCUGCCGUACGCCAUGAACAGCGAGUUCUCCAGCACUCUGGCAGCACAGAUGAAACACCACUCAGACCCUCGGGGGUCCGACCGCCUCACAGAGACGCAGAUGCAGGUUGAUGACCUGAAGGGCAUCAUGGUGCGCAACAUUGAUCUCGUGGCCCAGAGAGGGGAAAAGCUUGAACUGCUCAUCGACAAGACGGAGAACCUGGUCGAUUCUUCGGUCACCUUCAAAACAACAAGCCGCAACCUAGCUCGUGCCAUGUGCAUGAAGAACCUGAAGCUUACGCUUAUUAUAGCAUUGGUGGUCCUGGUUGUGCUUUACAUCAUCGUGUCCGCAGCCUGUGGAGGCUUGAGCUGGCCCACGUGCCUGAAGAAGUAGGGAGAAAAACGCUGAUUGAAAAAGAGGGGAAAAUAAACAACAACAACAACAACAACAAAAGAAACGAGUUAACGUCAAACCUCCACUCUCUCUCCCUGUGGUCCGUAAGGGAAAAAAAAGUAAACGACGACAACAACAAAAAACAACGAAACCACUAUCUCUCAAGAAACAUUUGUAUCACUUGAGCUCCCUACUUCCUUUCGCCCGGUACUCCUCCUCUCCUUCGUCUCAUCCUGCCUGCUCCUGGUUGGAGGAGGAGGUUGAAUACAGUGGUGCCUGAUGCACAGAUGAGGAUGAGGAGCUGUUGUAACACCCCCCUCCCACCCCCACCCCCAUCUCCACACCAGCCAGUAGCAGAGAUGCAGACUCCAUUGUGGCAAAGAAAAUACCUUUUUUUUUUUUUUUUUUCAUGUAAUUUUCCCCCCCUUUGGUGUUCAUGUCAAUGCAGUAAGAUGCAGUUGAGGAUUGACUGACUCACACACAUGACUGACUAGACCCAAAUGUGUUCCUAAUAACUAGUGUUUAAUCUUGAGGUUGAAGUCUGGUUUCCUUUCACGUUACUGAGAAGUGUCAGGAGAUCCCUUGUUCGGGGUCAAGCGAUCACUUGACUUGCUUACUACCAGAGAGCACGUGCACAAGAGAUCGGUUUGUCACUCGUAGUGUCAGAGAUCUAAGUAACAUUGGGUUUCUGCUCAGGAUGGUCACUGUUAAUGGUUAUGGGUGCUCAGAGGUAAAAGAAAGCACACAUGUUCUGUCUGAUUGUUAAUGUUGCCCGUGGCCAUUUUGCCAAUAGGUUUUGAUUUUAGUCAAGUUAAAUAGACUUAUUUUGGAGUCUUGAGUUUGCAACUCUUUACCUACUAAACCUCAUAUGAUUUUUAUAUCAUAAAAUGUAAGGAGCCUUGCUAUUAGUACGUGUAGCCAUCAUUUAUUCCCUUUAGAAAACUGAGUAGGACUGUCUGCCACAGAGCAUUUGUGCCAAGGCACAAGUUAUAACUAUCAAAUUUUAGCUUGUACCGAAAAAAAUAUCUUUGAAGAAAACAAAAAACAGUUUUGUGAAAUAUGCUAAUCAAUGUCCCAAGAGGGCACUGUUCUGAGGUUUCCAUUUUCCGCAUAAUGUGAAUUAAUGUGUUCGGUACAUUAUUCAAACUAUGGGCCAACACAAGCUCCGAAGCCCUGCCAGUCACCUACAGUAUAAUUCAAAAUUCUUGUCUUUUAGAAUUUACAGAGAUAGGCUGGAUAAUAAGCCAGAACGUGUACUCUGUCUGAACCACAGUCUUUUCCAAUCAAUUGUAAAAUUAGGAUGCUUGAUCAGCAUGCAUGAUGGUCGUCCUCUUCAGAACAUUAGAAAUGCUUUCAACACAAGCAUUCUGUGAGAGAUCUCCUUCCGCCCAAUGCCAUUUUACCUUGUUGGCCUGGACUCAUAUUGAGCUUGGCUGUAAGUGCAGGAUUGUCUGUGGCAUUCAAAGACUUAUAUCAGGAGAACACUGGUAAGCCAGAUGAGUUGUUGUCACCAUGGCGACAAGCUCUGUUUGGGUGUUUUGGAGAGAUAACCAUUUUCAGUCGCCUUGUCCCUAUGUUUGUUUGUUUUUCCAACAAUGCACUUUUUACAUUAUUCAUUUUGCUUCCUGCCAUGAUGUCUAUAAUCAUGUAAUUAUUUAAAGAUUGUCUAUCUAAAAUUUUAAAAGAAAAUAAAAAAGUAUAGUAAAUAUG